CUUAACCAGCCGGCGAUCAAGCUAACUCUCUCUCUCUCUCUACCCAAGCAGCGUUCAACUAGCUAUUCCUGUUUUAGAUUGAGCGACAAUCCACUGAAAAUGGUCAAAGCUGGCCACAUAAUACUUUUGACUCAGCUUUUGGUCAUUGCUGGCGGCGUAGAUCUGAGGAAAGGCGAUGAUUAUGUUGAUAAUGAAGUCAGCCCAGCCGAAUUGGCAUUAUCGUUCCCCCGAGUGUCUCGAAAAAGCGCAGCAUACGACGGGAACAUUGAGAAAAUCGACGUCAAAUGCGAUACGUCAAAUGGGAUGAUAGUCGAAGUGGAAUUCGCUGAGAUAUUUAAUGGAGUUAUAUACAGUCAAGGAUAUUACAAUGAUCCCAAGUGCAAGUACGUGAGCGCGGGCAGUAACGAGCGUCGAUUUGUCUUCAAAGUGCCCUUCAAUGGCUGUGGCAGCAAGCCCUCCUGUUCGAUAUGCGCUUCUGUGGACAAUAUUCUAAUCAUACAGAACGACCAAGACAUUCAAGAGAGCUGGGACACGGCACGCAAGAUCACAUGCAGUCGCAGCGAUGAGCAGGAGAAAACUGUUUAUUUUCGACCAUUUGUUGUCGAUAUGCUGGAAGUUAUAUCGGUAGAGACUCCAAGCGGUCCAGUUGAGUGCUGGAUGGAGAUAGGCACAGGACUUCCACCGAAUAUCAAACCGAUUAAUUAUACUUUAAAGCUGGGCACGGACAUCACAUUCACGAUUAAUGUCAAACAGUCAAAGCAGACCUGGGACAUUAACAUCUUACAAUGUUAUGCCUCCGAUGAUCCAUCAUUUGAUACAGCCACCACAAACAAAUUGCAGCUUUCCGAUAAAAAUGGAUGCUCUUUAAAGACAAAAGUAUUUGGGCAGUGGAAAAAGCUAGAAUCAAUUCCUGGUCAAACCUUAACAUAUUACAAUACGCUUAAAGCUUUCAAGUUUCCCGAUCGAUCUCAGGUUUAUUUAAAAUGUGAUAUUGAACUAUGUAAUGGAGCUUGCGAAAGAAACUUCGCAUGCGGAGAGGAAUUAAUAGACCCAAUCAAGCCACAUUGCUCCCUCGGCUCAACAGAUCCUGCAUGUCAAGCAGGAACAACUCGUCCACCAAAGAAGCCAAGGUGUUAUCCAGGCUCAACAGAUCCUCGUUGUCCUGACGAACCAAAGACAACAGCCUCAUCUAAUUGUUAUCCCGGAUCACUUGAUCCUCGUUGCCCACAGGAGGCAAAAACUACUUCAAAGCCUCAGUGCACUCCCGGCUCAACAGAUCCUGAUUGCCAACCAGCCACUUACCUACCUCCACCUACACGACGUCCUCCUGUAACUCCAACUAAACCAAGGUGUUAUCCAGGCUCAACUGAUCCUCGUUGUCCCCAGGAGCCAAAGGCGACAGCUGCACCCAACUGCUAUCCAGGAUCACGGGAUCCUCGUUGCCCACAGGAGCCAAUAACCACACAAAAGCCCCGCUGUCCUCCAGGGUCGACAGAUCCUGAUUGUCAACCAGCGACUUACCUGCCUCCAACUACACGACGCCCUCCUGUAACUUCGACUAAGCCAAGGUGCUAUCCAGGCUCAAAGGAUCCUCGUUGUCCUCAGGAGCCAAAGACGACAGCAAGGCCAAAAUGUUAUCCCGGAUCAACCGAUCCUCGUUGUCCCCAGGAGCCAAAGACGACAGCUGCACCCAACUGUUAUCCAGGAUCACGAGAUCCUCGUUGCCCACAGGAGCCAGCAACUACUUCGAAGCCUCGGUGUUAUCCUGGUUCAACAGAUCCUGAUUGCCAACCAGCUACCUACCUACCUCCAACUACACGACGUCCUCCUGUAACUCCAACUAAACCAAGGUGUUAUCCAGGCUCAACUGAUCCUCGUUGUCCCCAGGAGCCAAAGACGACAGCUGCACCCAACUGUUAUCCAGGAUCACGAGAUCCUCGUUGCCCACAGGAGCCCAUAACCACACAAAAGCCCCGCUGUCUUCCAGGAUCGUCAGAUCCUGAUUGUCAACCAGCCACUUACCUACCUCCAACUACACAACAUCCUCCUGUAACUCCAACUAAACCAAGGUGUUAUCCAGGCUCAACUGAUCCUCGUUGUCCUCAGGAGCCAAAGACGACAGCAAGGCCAAAAUGUUAUCCCGGAUCAACCGAUCCUCGUUGUCCCCAGGAGCCAAAGACGACAGCUGCACCCAACUGUUAUCCAGGAUCACGAGAUCCUCGUUGCCCACAGGAGCCCAUAACCACACAAAAGCCCCGCUGUCUUCCAGGAUCGUCAGAUCCUGAUUGUCAACCAGCCACUUACUUGCCUCCAACUACACGACGUCCUCCUGUAACUUCGACUAAGCCAAGGUGCUAUCCAGGUUCUAGUGAUCCACGCUGUCCAAAGGAGCCCGUUACAACUGCCCCAACUCCUUCAUGUUAUCCAGGGUCAAAAGAACCUGAAUGUCUGAACUGCUUCCCAGGAUCACCGGACCCAAGGUGCCCUAAAGUACCAACGACUAAAAAGCCUGGAUGUUAUGAAGGAUCAACCGAUCCGAAAUGUCAACCAGCUACUUAUUUGCCUCCAAUAAAAACGACGAAGAUUCCAGGAAAUCAAAUUACACCAGCAAAGCCCGUUUGCCGUCCAGGCUCAACUGAUCCUCGUUGUCCCCAGGAGCCAAAGACGACAGCAAGGCCAAACUGUUAUCCCGGAUCGACAGAUCCUCGUUGUCCUCAAGAGCCAAAGACGACAACUACGCCUAACUGCUAUCCAGGAUCACGAGAUCCUCGUUGCCCACAGGUGCCAGCAACUACUUCGAAACCUCGGUGUUAUCCUGGUUCAACAGAUCCUGAUUGCCAACCAGCUACCUACCUACCUCCAACUACACGACGUCCUCCUGUAACUCCAACUAAACCAAGGUGUUAUCCAGGCUCAACGGAUCCUCGUUGUCCUCAGGAGCCAAAGACGACAGAGCCAAAGACGACAGCUGCACCCAACUGUUAUCCAGGAUCACGAGAUCCUCGUUGCCCACAGGAGCCCAUAACCACACAAAAGCCCCGCUGUCUUCCAGGGUCGACAGAUCCUGAUUGCCAACCAGCUACCUACCUACCUCCAACUACACGACGUCCUCCUGUAACUCCAACUAAACCAAGGUGUUAUCCAGGCUCAACGGAUCCACGUUGUCCUCAGGAGCCAAAGACGACAGCAAGGCCAAAAUGUUAUCCCGGAUCAACCGAUCCUCGUUGUCCCCAGGAGCCAAAGACGACAGCUGCACCCAACUGUUAUCCAGGAUCACGAGAUCCUCGUUGCCCACAGGAGCCCAUAACCACACAAAAGCCCCGCUGUCUUCCAGGGUCGACAGAUCCUGAUUGCCAACCAGCUACCUACCUACCUCCAACUACACGACGUCCUCCUGUAACUCCAACUAAACCAAGGUGUUAUCCAGGCUCAACGGAUCCUCGUUGUCCUCAGGAGCCAAAGACGACAGCAAGGCCAAAAUGUUAUCCCGGAUCAACCGAUCCUCGUUGUCCCCAGGAGCCAAAGACGACAGCUGCACCCAACUGUUAUCCAGGAUCACGAGAUCCUCGUUGCCCACAGGAGCCCAUAACCACACAAAAGCCCCGCUGUCUUUCAGGGUCGACAGAUCCUGAUUGCCAACCAGCUACCUACCUACCUCCAACUACACGACGUCCUCCUGUAACUCCAACUAAACCAAGGUGUUAUCCAGGCUCAACGGAUCCUCGUUGUCCUCAGGAGCCAAAGACGACAGCAAGGCCAAAAUGUUAUCCCGGAUCAACCGAUCCUCGUUGUCCCCAGGAGCCAAAGACGACAGCUGCACCCAACUGUUAUCCAGGAUCACGAGAUCCUCGUUGCCCACAGGAGCCAAUAACCACACAAAAGCCCCGCUGUCUUCCAGGAUCGUCAGAUCCUGAUUGUCAACCAGCCACUUACUUGCCUCCAACUACACGACGCCCUCCUGUAACUUCGACUAAGCCAAGGUGCUAUCCAGGUUCUAGUGAUCCACGCUGUCCAAAGGAGCCCGUUACAACUGCCCCAACUCCUUCAUGUUAUCCAGGGUCAAAAGAACCUGAAUGUCUGAACUGCUUCCCAGGAUCACCGGACCCAAGGUGCCCCAAAGUACCAACGACUAAAAAGCCUGGAUGUUAUGAAGGAUCAACCGAUCCGAAAUGCCAACCAGCUACUUAUUUGCCUCCAAUAAAAACGACGAAGAUUCCAGGAAAUCAAAUUACACCAGCAAAGCCCGUUUGCCGUCCAGGCUCAACUGAUCCUCGUUGUCCCCAGGAGCCAAAGACGACAGCAAGGCCAAACUGUUAUCCCGGAUCGACAGAUCCUCGUUGUCCUCAAGAGCCAAAGACGACAACUACGCCUAACUGCUAUCCAGGAUCACGAGAUCCUCGUUGCCCACAGGAGCCAGCAACUACUUCGAAGCCUCGGUGUUAUCCUGGUUCAACAGAUCCUGAUUGCCAACCGGCUACCUACCUACCUCCAACUACACGACGACCUCCUGUAACUCCAACUAAACCAAGGUGUUAUCCAGGCUCAACUGAUCCUCGUUGUCCCCAGGAGCCAAAGACGACAGCAAGGCCAAACUGUUAUCCCGGAUCGACAGAUCCUCGUUGUCCUCAAGAGCCAAAGACGACAACUACGCCUAACUGCUAUCCAGGAUCACGAGAUCCUCGUUGCCCACAGGAACCAGCAACUACUUCGAAGCCUCGGUGUUAUCCUGGUUCAACAGAUCCUGAUUGCCAACCAGCUACCUACCUACCUCCAACUACACGACGGCCUCCUGUAACUCCAACUAAACCAAGGUGUUAUCCAGGCUCAACGGAUCCUCGUUGUCCUCAGGAGCCAAAGACGACAGCAAGGCCAAAAUGUUAUCCCGGAUCAACCGAUCCUCGUUGUCCACAAGAGCCAAAGACGACAACUACGCCUAACUGCUAUCCAGGAUCACGAGAUCCUCGUUGCCCACAGGAGCCAGCAACUACUUCGAAGCCUCGGUGUUAUCCUGGUUCAACAGAUCCUGAUUGCCAACCAGCUACCUACCUACCUCCAACUACACGACGGCCUCCUGUAAGUCCAACUAAACCAAGGUGUUAUCCAGGAUCGUCAGAUCCUGAUUGUCAACCAGCCACUUACCUACCUCCAACUACACAACAUCCUCCUGUAACUCCAACUAAACCAAGGUGUUAUCCAGGCUCAACUGAUCCUCGUUGUCCUCAGGAGCCAAAGACGACAGCAAGGCCAAAAUGUUAUCCCGGAUCAACCGAUCCUCGUUGUCCACAAGAGCCAAAGACGACAACUACGCCUAACUGCUAUCCAGGAUCACGGGAUCCUCGUUGCCCACAGGAGCCCAUAACCACACAAAAGCCCCGCUGUCUUCCAGGAUCGACCGAUCCUGAUUGUCAACCAGCUACUUACCUGCCUCCAACUACACGACGCCCUCCUGUUACUCCGACUAAGCCAAGGUGCUAUCCAGGUUCUAGUGAUCCACGCUGUCCAAAGGAGCCCGUUACAACUGCCCCAACUCCUUCAUGUUAUCCAGGGUCAAAAGAACCUGAAUGUCUGAACUGCUUCCCAGGAUCACCGGACCCAAGGUGCCCCAAAGUACCAACGACUAAAAAGCCUGGAUGUUAUGAAGGAUCAACCGAUCCGAAAUGUCAACCAGCUACUUAUUUGCCUCCAAUAAAAACGACGAAGAUUCCAGGAAAUCAAAUUACACCAGCAAAGCCCGUUUGCCGUCCAGGCUCAACUGAUCCUCGUUGUCCCCAGGAGCCAAAGACGACAGCAAGGCCAAACUGUUAUCCCGGAUCGACAGAUCCUCGUUGUCCUCAAGAGCCAAAGACGACAACUACGCCUAACUGCUAUCCAGGAUCACGAGAUCCUCGUUGCCCACAGGAGCCAGCAACUACUUCGAAGCCUCGGUGUUAUCCUGGUUCAACAGAUCCUGAUUGCCAACCGGCUACCUACCUACCUCCAACUACACGAAGUCCUCCUGUAACUCCAACUAAACCAAGGUGUUAUCCAGGCUCAACGGAUCCUCGUUGUCCCCAGGAGCCAAAGACGACAGCAAGGCCAAACUGUUAUCCCGGAUCGACAGAUCCUCGUUGUCCUCAAGAGCCAAAGACGACAACUACGCCUAACUGCUAUCCAGGAUCACGAGAUCCUCGUUGCCCACAGGAGCCAGCAACUACUUCGAAGCCUCGGUGUUAUCCUGGUUCAACAGAUCCUGAUUGCCAACCGGCUACCUACCUACCUCCAACUACACGAAGUCCUCCUGUAACUCCAACUAAACCAAGGUGUUAUCCAGGCUCAACUGAUCCACGCUGUCCCCAGGAGCCAAAGACGACAGCAAGGCCAAACUGUUAUCCCGGAUCGACAGAUCCUCGUUGUCCUCAAGAGCCAAAGACGACAACUACGCCUAACUGCUAUCCAGGAUCACGAGAUCCUCGUUGCCCACAGGAGCCAGCAACUACUUCGAAGCCUCGGUGUUAUCCUGGUUCAACAGAUCCUGAUUGCCAACCGGCUACCUACCUACCUCCAACUACACGAAGUCCUCCUGUAACUCCAACUAAACCAAGGUGUUAUCCAGGCUCAACUGAUCCACGCUGUCCCCAGGAGCCAAAGACGACAGCAAGGCCAAAAUGUUAUCCCGGAUCAACCGAUCCUCGUUGUCCUCAAGAGAUAACGACAACUGCUGCGCCCAACUGCUAUCCAGGAUCACGAGAUCCUCGUUGCCCACAGGAGCCAGCAACUACUUCGAAGCCUCGGUGUUAUCCUGGUUCAACAGAUCCUGAUUGCCAACCAGCUACCUACCUACCUCCAACUACACGACGUCCUCCUGUAACUCCAACUAAACCAAGGUGUUAUCCAGGCUCAACGGAUCCUCGUUGUCCUCAGGAGCCAAAGACGACAGCUGCACCCAACUGCUAUCCAGGAUCACGAGAUCCUCGUUGCCCACAGAAGCCCAUAACCACACAAAAGCCCCGCUGCCUUCCGGGAUCGACAGAUCCUGAUUGCCAACCAGCCACUUACCUGCCUCCAACUUCAGGGCGUCCACGUGUAACUACGACUGCGAAACCUAACUGCUAUCCUGGAUCGACUGAUAUUAGCUGUCCACAUAGUUUAGUGACUUCAACGUCGCCUCCAGAUACAACUCCUGUUUAUUGUUAUCCAGGCUCAGUAGAUCCCCGCUGUCCGGAUACUUAUAAGGGUUCCACGCCCAUUCCGGCAACGUAUUUGCCACCAUUAAGCAACCCUGGCUAUGACAGGACAGUUAGAGACGCGAAAAGUAAAUUCUUUAAUGAGAUUAACAAAUUGGCUAUCACAAAUAAUAACGUUUUUGAGUUAGACGAUGAUGAGGACGCUGAGCCCGCGCGAAUAAAACGCGAUCUUAGCGACUUAAAUAUAAAUCCAUUAACAUCCACCGAUCAAAGCGAUGAUCUUUUAUCCAGAAAGAUCAUGAAGCGCGAGUUCAACGAACGACAACCAGAGCGGGAAGUCAUUUCCUUCACUCUUGGCAUUCGAACGGCUAUCAACGUGAAUUAGCCAGAGUGCAACAGUGCCACCCAAUAAACUCUCUCGCAUUUAGGUUACCGUGUAUACAUGUAUUAUGCCUACAUAUUUAUAUUUUACUAUUAAAC